AUGACGCCACCUCACCACGGUCCUCCAAUGGGAGAGCCGACUGGAGAGUGUUGUGAGUCAUGGAGCUUCAGCGGCCACGCUCUCCCCGGGAGCUUCUUCUCGUGGCUGGGAUCUGGUGGGCAGGAAAAAUACUCGCUCUGGCACGCCACCCGCAGGAACAAGAACAUCGGUUCCACUCGGCUCUCCAGCAGAGCAUCGCAGCGACUCCUAGAGAUCAUUGAGAGCUCUGUAAUACUCUUCUUUUCCAUUGUUGGGAUACUGGCAGAGCAGUUUAUAGCAAACGGACCAAAGUUUCAGCUGUACAACGUUACAGAAAGUCAUUGGCAGGAUUUAAUGAACUGGCAGCACUCCACCAUGUAUCUGUUUUUCGGCCUGGCUGGAGCAGUUUCUCUGAUCAUCCACACCACUGAGGCGGCGCCGCUGGCACUAGACAGGCUAAUGCUGGCCAUUGCUUUCUUUAAUGAAGGAUUCCUUUUUCUCUUCCACCUUCACGGUAGGACCAUGCUGGAUGUGCAUGUGCACCAGCUUCUCCUCUUUGCCAUCUUUGGUGAGGCUCUCGUCGCCUUCAUGGAGGUUUUCCAUCGAGGGAACAUCAUUCUGGAGCUGCUGCGCUGCACCCUGACGAUUCUGCAGGGAAGCUGGUUCUGGGAGAUUGGUUUUGUGCUGUACCCUCCAAGUGGCCCCCUUUGGGACCUGAAAGAUCACAACAACGUGAUGUUCGUCACCAUGUGUUACUCCUGGCACCUCGCCUUCGCCAUGCUCGUCGUGAGCGUUCUCUACUACACUGUCAGCUGUGUGGUUCGCUCCAGGUUGAAGAGGACUCCUCGAAUGGAAAUGGGGCUUCUGAAGACCAGAGAGCGAGAUCCAGAGUCAGAGGAUGAGAUAUUAUGAAGAGGAUUUUCGUAUACCUACAUAAUUACUUAUGGAUAUGAUGGGUGAUCAAAAAGUUUGUUCCUAUAAAAAUCAAAACUGUAUCUGAUUUCAAAUUGGCUUCCAUCCCUGUAGAAGUAGCUCCUGUUGAAGAAGUCCUGUUAUGUUAGAAUCUACUAAACCGCGAAAGAACAGCAACCCGUCAACUUGAAUUUUAUUUGUAGAAAGAGGGAGAAGUUUUAGAGUGCCAAAACUGCUAAGUUGGGUGUGUGGAGAGAAACAGUGGGUUGUAGAAGCCAACACAAAUGACAUGUACCAUCACUGCGAUGCCAUUGCAUGCUAUAGCGCCAUGGUUCAGGUUGUUUGCACCAAAUGUAGAACUCUGCCUUGACAAUCCGACCCUCGGUGAUAAGUUCAUGAUGCACGACCACGUGAAUGAUGAAGAAAACAACAAGCACACUCCUGGUGCUCCUCACCUGAUGUGCCUUCUCUGUUCUUAAAGAUUCUGAUAUGAUUUGGAAAGUGCCGUUUCUUCUGUGGAUGGUACCCGCAGACCCACGUCUCAUCCUCAGUGAUGAUCCUUUGCUCUCUGAAAUUGUUUGAGGUCCAUAAAGAAAUCACAAAUGCACCUCAAGCAGUGCUAAAACUUUUUGAUCACCCUUCGCCUCUCAAUUAAAUCAGGGAUAUGAUGUUCGCAGCACCAGCAGCAGCAGGACCAGAAGCAAAGGCACACAGACAGUGAAGGGAUAUGGACGUAUGGUUUUUGGAUGCUUUAACAUGGAAACAUAUCUCUACCUCUGCCUUAUUUAAUCAGCUGUAAACCCCUUUUAGCCUUACUCUUAUUGUUCACUGCUAUUUAUGAUACAGGGACUUUUCCUGUACAGUGGUCCCUCGUCUAUCGUGGGGGUUGCGUUCCAGACCUACCUGCGACAGGCGAAAAUCCACGAAGUAGCGACAGUAUUUAUUUUUUAUUAUUUAUAUAUAUUUUGAGGAUGUAUAAACCCUCCCCACACUCUCAUAAAUACUUCCUAUGCUCUUAAACCCUUUCUACACUCUUAAACCUGCGCAAUUUUAGCAACAUGUAAAAUUCUAUAUGGGUACUCACCAGUGAAUAUACUACAAAUUAAGUGAUGAAGAUGAUGAUGAAUUAGCUGUCCAGUACUGAUGAUGAUGAGAUGAAUGUACUGCACAGUGAGAAUGGACAAGGCAAGAUGUUGAAUGCAUGCUAUACACGACAGAUUGAUGCUACGGUCGCUGAGCCAAUCAGAGCGCAGCGCUGUACUACGCAUUUUGUUUCAAUUUGAUAUUCUUGUAAUAUGUUUUAAUUAUUAUUUUUAAUGUUUUUGUAUUGUUUUAAAGUUUUUAGGCUGGAAAAUGCUUAUUUUACCACAAAAAUCAUUCAAAUAAUAAAUAUAGAAAAAUACCUGUAUACAGCAAAAUCUUGUGAGCCAGCGAAAAAUCUGUGAUACCGGAAAAGUGAGACAGCUAAAAGUGAACCGUGGUAUGGCGAGGGACCACUGUACUCAUAUCUUAGGUAAUAAUUUGCACAUUCAAUGAACUUUCUAUGGAUUGCAUGCUUUGAGUUGGACUCACCAAACUCCUUUUUUGAACUUUGGUGUUCAGUAGUGCCAUCUUGUGGUGAAAACAAUCAUUGUCAGUAGAUUGUAAAUGACUUGAAAGUAUGUAUUUACAUCUCUCAUAUGGCUUUUGUUUGUUCGUUUAAUAAUGUUGUGAAGCUGAGUCACAUGUGUGAGUCAAAACCCAAUGCCAAAUAAUCUGAAUUUUAUUAAAGUUGUUAAAAUGCUUAA